AUGGGCGACCUGGGCAACGGUGAGACCGCCUGCCUCGACAACUUCACCCCCUUUGGCUGCGCCUCGCCCACCAUCGCCCAGACGCGCCAGCACGUCCUCCACCGCCGGCCGCCGCCCUCGCCUUCCCCAUCGGCGGCUGGUUCGCCCCUACCUUGCCGUUCGGCCGUGCCGCCCAGCCCUGGCUCGCCUCUGGCCGCGCCCGUCUCAGCGUCGUCGCCCGUGGCCUCGCCGCUCGCAUCCGCUCGCUACCCCCAGUCGUCGUCGUCGUCAUCCUCGUCGGCGCCGACGUCGCGCUUCAUUCCCGCCACGCCCUCCAACUCCGCGCCCGCCUCGCCACUUCCGUCGAUGUCGCCGACCCGCGAGAAAUUGAGCAAGCUGCGUGAUGUCAUCAUCAAGCGGAAGGACAUGCUGAUGCGCUCGAAGGGCAAGGAGGAGUCUUCAGAGUCCGAUGGCGACGAUGACAAUGGCGACGAUGGCGCACACCACGCUUCGCUCAUAAUAGGCGAAGCACGUGACGUGCCGACUGCAACCGUGGCCGCGACGGUGUCCAGGUCGACCAUUGUCGUGGGUCGUGUCGACCCCAGAGUGGCCCCGGAGCCCCAGCGAGCGCGAGCAACGUCCAAGCCAACGCCGCCGCUUCCUCCGCCGCGUCGGGUGCUGUCCAGCGACAACGAGGCGCCAUCGCGCCCGGCCAUCCCGCCGCUACCGCUGCUCCUCCGUGACCACCCGGCCUGGCAGGCCCGCGAAGAGGCCAAGGCCAAGACGAGGUCCACGCCCGGCCCCGCCUGCGAGACGUCGCCUCGCACCGAGCGACCGCCCGUUCCGCCGUUCCCCGCCUACCUGCACAACAACAACAACGACAUCAACGAAGGCGAGAGUGCCUCCACCAAGGUCCAGCAGAAGGUGACGACGGCGGCGGGUGUGAGCGCGAUCGCUGCGCCGAUGUCGCCGCCACCACCCGCACGCCCGCCGCGUCCGACGCGGCUGCAGGCCACGGCCAAGCAGCGCAGCUACUACCCGACAUCGCACCGCGACCGACAGCUGGAGGUCUCCGAGCAGCUGGCGCGCUGGAAUCAGUUCUACAACAGCACCUCGCGCAAGGUCCGCGACAACAACACGGAAGAAGGCGACGACGAUGACGACUCGGCGGUCUCAUCACCCGGGACCCGAGGCGUGGCGAGCCCGAAGCCACCAAGCACGCGCCCGCCGCCGGUGCCGCCCGCGCGCCAGACCGUCGGCGUGCCGUCGCCCACGUCAUGUCCGGCCGCGAUCCAGUCGUCUACUCCGUCUCCGUCGUCGUCUACUUCAUCCUCGCCAACGGGAUCCGCGUCGCACCCACUACGAGACCUCCAAAAACCUGAGGACGCCGAGACCACCUCCGCUCCUUGA